CCACAUGUAAAGCAUGUGAUGAUCACGUUGUUCACCUUGCGGAAACCGUGCGUGGUUAGUGAGCUUACGGCGAGCUUUAUCACGUUACUCACGAUUACUAUUGCGAAGUUGAGUUCGUGAGAUUUCUCGGUUUCUCAAGCUGUGCACGUUCAGAGGCAACACGAGCUUUUCUGACCUUGUUAACAUGAGCGAAUUUGUGGUGUUUCAAGGGAAAGUUGGACAAGGAAUUUGGACCUGACUAUACUGUGAAAUCUGUCUCCAAAAUGUAGAAUUGCGCCAGAAAGAAAUACUCCUGAUUCUUACGUCAACUUCUGCGCAUUUGGGGAUGAGGUUAUGUGUUUAUAGAUUUCAGAUAUUGUCAAUUGCUGCCUUCCAGGCCAGAACAGGUUCGUCGUGUGCCUCAACUCCUUCCAACUGAUAUAACGGUGGAGAAGCAGAUAAUUUCGACAUGUUCUGAAAUUAUCAUUCCGGUACUUGUACCUUUGUCGAAUUCAGUUUCGCGUGUCUUCCGUGAAUAAUCAUGCUGGAGUACAUGAAUGAUCUGGAAAAGGAGGACUUUCAUUCGGAAGUUUUCGUCGAGCGGCAGUCCCAGAAAUUGAGUGGAACCCAGCAGUUGAACACGGAAGAAUUGUAUGCUGGAUUUAUCCAGACCAUGAAAGACUUGGAAACAAUGAAGUUGCAAGCGCAACGAAAGCAGGAGAAAUUGCAGAAAACCUUAGUCCAAAGAGAGAAAGAACAUUGGAAGAAAAUCGCUACCCUGCAAGCCCGACAACGAGUAGCGUUCGAGUCAUUGAAAGAUCUCGAAGCAAGCAUGGCUGCUCUUUCAGGAAAAUUGGUGCCCAUGGGGCAGAGACUGGAGAGUCUUGAAGUACCUCGUGCGCGUGCUCAAGAGUCUCACACGCUUUUGGACUUCAUUCUUCAAUUCCAUUUAAAUGGACGACCGUCGGACAUAUUCACCAAUCCGAAAAGACUGGACGAACUGUCGGAGGUUAUUCAAAAGCUGUACAACACAUCCAAGUAUCUUCCUCCGGACUUUGGUACAACGAAACGUCAAAUAAGUCUGAAGUAUCGAGACAUCGAGAAGUACUUGGUGAAAGAAUUCACCGAUGCUCUAAAGGUUGGCGAUGUCCGGAAGAUGAAGGCGAUUGCUCAUCGCUUAAGUCCGUUCAGUGACUAUUCCCAGUGCAUUGCGGCCUUUGUUGACGACAAUCUGAAACAUUUGAAUGAUGUCCCAUUGAACGAAAUGUUCACGGAGAUACCGAACUUGUGCCGACGGAUUUUGCCUGUGAUGGACGAAAUUUUCGUUAACCCUGAUGUUGUUGCGUCGAAGUUUAUUGACCCACUACUAUCUGGAUCUUUUAGGGAAAAGGUCGUAGUUGCCUUGCAACCAAGUAUGUCCUCCAAAUCUGGAAGCUACUUGGAUACCCUAAGCACAUUAUAUUUCAGAACGCAGAGAAUGGUGGCGGAAAUGUCGGAAUUGAAUCUGGGAACAGAUUCCAGGAACAUUCUCAAGCGAAAUCAGAAUGAGAUUUUUGCGCAUCAGCGAGGAUCGUACGCAAGUAUGGAACUACGUUCGCUGGAGGAAACUGUGGAAGCUCUCCGAAACAAAUAUUAUCAGUCGUUGAACCACCAAAAACGGCCAGUGGCAUUGAAAGGAUUUUCAGAGAUGAUGAGCGAUGUGAACACCGUGAAAGCCUUUAUGGCCAGGCUUGGUGAGCUGGGAGGCGACAAUGCGCAUUUGAUCGAUGGGGAGACUUAUUUGUCUGAAGUUGUGGCCAUCAAUAUUCUGGAGGAAACCAAGGCUUCCCUUAAACGCUGUGAUCUUUUGUGCGAGGGUGCUACCAAAGAAGACAUGUGCUGUAAAAUUUUCAAUGUGAUGAUCAAUGCGGUGAUGAUUGAGUUGGUGGAGUAUGCGGUGGAUCUUGGGCUGAAGCGGGUUCUUUCUGCACCCACACCUGCUGUUACGGAUGGUCAGACGGAACCCGUCGGUUAUCCAGAUGAUAUCUUCCUGGAUGUUGUGAGAAAAAGCAACUCCAUCGCGAUAUUCUUCAACAAACAAUUUCAUGAGUCCGUCUUGCCGCUGAUUUCGGCUUCAGGAACAAAACACGCUGAAUGCAUGCACAAGAAGAAAACUCUGUUCGCGCAGUUGGAGACAAAGCUGAACCAAGGCCUGCAGAAGCACGUCGGCACUGUGAUCAAUUAUGUAAAGUACUUGCUGCAAUGUCUCCAGCGGCGCGGUUUUGACAAGACUCCCGCUGAGGAUCAAACAUUGGACUUGGCAACUCCUACCUCUGAUGCAUGUAACAGAGUGGUGCGAUACAUCAAGGGCGUUGUGAAAAAAGCGAGGGACAGUCUGGAUGGACCAAAUCUCGAAGCUUUUCUGGGUUCGUUGGGCUUGAAAUUCCAUCGGACCAUUUACGACCACAUUUUGUUGUUUUCUUAUUCGUCAUCAGCCGCGAUGAAUUUGAUCUGCGAUUUGAAUUUGUAUCGGAAAUGUGCUGAAGAACUCGGGAAUCCGAUGGUGACAAAAGCAUUCGAUGUGCUUCACGCUCUCUGCAAUCUACUUAUCGUGCCUUUCGAGAACCUAACUGUUAUCUGUUCUCAGGAUCAGUUGAUGUCAGAAGGGUGUGAGAAUCAGGACGUGGGUCUUCGAAAACGGCGCCGAACGGCGUCCCUAGAGGCGGAGGAGAUGGUGAGUCUGGGUCGAGGCGACGAAGACGACGACUUGUCGCGAUACGCUUACAAAUCCUUGUCGUUUGCGGAGCACGAACUCCUGCACCUUCCUGAAACGGUCGUCAUGGCGACACUCACUCCACCGAACACCAGCGGCAAGGCGUCGGACGAUGAAAGCAGAUCGGGGGACAUUGCCAAAGAUACGUCGGAGGCGAGUGUGGUCCAACCAUUACUGGAGAUCGUUGACCACACCGAGUCUGCCCUUACAUUCGCCUGCCAAGUAUGUGUGCCCUUCCUGAUCGCGGGCAUGGGGAUGGUUGCUGCUGGCUUGUACCUCGACGUUGUUCAGCAUUGGAAAGUCUUCAAGCACUUGCCGGAAAUUUUCAUCAUGGUUCCGGCUUUGCUAGGGUUGAAAGGAAAUCUAGAAAUGACCCUAGCGUCUCGUUUGUCGACACACGCGAAUCUGGGCAACAUGGAUACGUCAUCUGCGAAGUGGAGCAUGGCUGUAUCGAAUCUAGCGCUCGUUCAGUGCCAAGCGUUGGUUGUUGCAUUCCUUGCAUCCAUGGCCGCCAUGUUACUUGGAUGGGGACCUCAGGGCACAUUCAACUUCUAUCACGCGUCUCUAUUGUGCGCCGCCGCGUUACUGACUGCGAGUUUGGCUAGUUUCGUGCUAGGUCUAGUGAUGAUAUUCGUAGUUCUUUUGAGUCGUCGUCUGGGUAUAAAUCCAGACAACGUAGCCACACCAGUAGCUGCAUCGUUGGGCGACAUUACGACGUUAGUUUUACUCUCUGGUAUUGCCGAGCUUCUAUUUCACGAACAGUAUUUAUGGUUGUCGCCUGUGAUAGUCGUGCUAUGUCUUUUAUCCACUCCCUUGUGGGUGUACUUGGCUCGCCAGAAUCAUCACACUCGAGUUGUCCUACUGACGGGCUGGACUCCGGUCAUUUCGGCCAUGGUCAUUAGCAGCUUCGGUGGGUUGAUCCUGGACCUCGCCAUAGUAUCUUACAAAGGCAUAGCAGUUUUCCAACCGGUGAUAAACGGUGUAGGAGGGAACUUAGCUGCGGUGCAGUCCUCCAGGUUGUCUACUUAUUUGCAUCGCCACGGAAAUCUUGGCCAGUUACCACCUGAAGAAGGGGACCGUGUCUGCGUAUCUCCUUGGGGAUUGUAUUUGGGCAAGAGUUUGCACGCGAUGACUGCAAGGGUGCUUUUGAGCUUCGUCAUUCCUGGUCAUUUGGUAUUUUGUCUAGCCAUAUCAGUCCUCAAGCGUGGCCAUACCAGUGUAACGCCGGUAUUCGUGUUCUUCUACGACCUUGCCGCUUUACUGCAGGUGGGAGUUCUCUUGUAUGUUGGUCACAUGAUGGUGCUUUGGAUGUGGCGUCGUAAGAUAGACCCGGACAAUUCUGCCAUUCCCUACCUCACAGCUCUGGGUGACCUUUUGGGCACCGGAUUUUUAGCGUCGGCUUUCUACAUUAUCUUCCUCAUCGGCGACCAGGACAACGGUGUCGGUGACUAAAUAUUUGUAUUUGUUUUGCUGCCUUUUCCCAGGGUGGACGGGAAAAUUGGGCUUUUAGUGCAAUUUUUCUGGAUGCAAUACAAAUAAAUGGCUUGCGGUAACCACGCCAAAUCUUUUCUUCAACCAUGUGUACAGUUGUGCGGAUUCAACGAUCGAGAUUUUUUGUUGUUUCUGAUUUCGAAAAAUACGCAUGGUUUUGAGGUUUUCAAUUCUCACUAAGUUGUCUUGAUCAUGAGUAUGUGGAAGUUCACUACAUCUGUUACCUCCGAAGUUUUUUUUACGUUGAGUACCGAAAAAGUUACUGUGCAGCGUAAUUAAUUUCAAACUCUUCCCCACCUCUUCUGUCAAAAUUUUAAAUUUUCCGAGGUGGAUAGAUUGCUGAUUACCAUGCAUUCAACUUUUACAAUUGAUGUCGAUCAGCUUCUUCCUUUAUUGCUGGUGUCGAAUGGGCCCAUACUUUUUUUCAAUUGAUGAAGACUGGCUUUUACCAAGUAUUCGAGAAAUUAUUUUUAAACCUUCUCGAAUUAUUAUUCACCAAUGUAAAUGCGUUUCACGCAAGAAUUUAAGUUUUGUCGAAUGCUGACUUCUCCGCUGCACAGUGACUUAUGCAGCGUCCUGUAUUGUUCAAAGGAAACCUAUAGAAAACCACAUUAGUCGAAGAAUCCAUGGAUGGUGGAAUUUUAGGUUUCGGUAGUCGUGUUUAAAGUGCAGCAUUGGACAAUCCAUGGUUGAAGAAAAGUUUUCGUGUGGGUCCUUCUCAUGGAGAUGAUGAGUUAAUUAGGAAAGUAUUUCAAUCAGUAUUUAUGUAUGAAUCGUCUCUUGAAUCUACAAGAGAGAUUACCUACGUUGGAGCCAUGGUUUGUUUUUGCUGCAACGUGAAGUGAAAUCCUCUGGAUCUGGAAAAAAUCCCAUUUAUUCUAUUUGUUGUGUUUUCGGGCGCUAUUUUUCUUCAAGUUGCUGAGUUGACCGGUGCGAAAAAGGAACCGCUCUUCUCGUUUGCUGUUUUGGGAUGAACAAUUGUGGCUAUGAUUUUUUGGCAUUGCGCUUCGGAUCUCGCUUGUGUUGUGUGCUGUUUUGUGGAUUUCGUUUUAUUUUAUCUGAGUUCUUGUUGAUUUCAGGGACGAAUAUUUCUUCUCACUAAGGUUUGUCACACUUCGUUGUCGACCCAAGUGACCCUUUGAAUUAUAACCUUUGGUUUUGAUCUCGCAUGCAAAACAUUCGAGGGUUGUUCCUGGUUGUUAUUUUGCAAUCGACCUCUCCUGAUGGUCGAAUGGAGAGGUGCAGGUUGCGUAGUGAUUCUUCGUCUCCAGUAGGCAUUUACACGCACUUCGUGCAAUUCGGCAUCAAACUUUCGGAAAAAACUUCUUUUUUCGUCCCUGAAAGCAACAAACUUAUUCAGAGCUCGAAAAGAUUGAGUUCGCUUUCUGGUCGAUCAACAGCCGGUCCGCUACCCGUUCAUAAAGGCGUGUGGAGACGGUUGCCGAUUAAGAAUCCUAUCCGAAUGUCUUAUUGACUUCCCGGACGAAAUCGGGGAAAAUAUAUCCGCCAAAGACGAAAGUGAGAACUGGAAAGAGAAAGAAUCAUGUAUUGGAACGAAAGUCGGAAUAUUUAGCCUAUGUCUUGUAUUCGGAAUGAAUCCUGGGGACUGGAAACAAAAUCUACGUCCACACACUUUCCAAGAUGCCCUCCGGAAAAACAUACUCGAUAUUCUCGUCCAGAAAAGGAAAAUUCUUCGUGCAUGACUCAUUAUUGUUUGUUUUCUUGCUACUCGGUUUGUGUUUUCUGUUGAGAUCCAGCGCUAUUUGGAAUCGAAAGCUAGUUCGAAGUAAAACUUUUGGUGAUGCGAAUAAAUGGUUAGUGGAAGCGAUUUGGAGCUGUCACGUGGAACGCUCGACGCGUCAUCGGUCUCAAAAACAAAGAAGAUUCUCAAUGUCAGCCGGAAUUUUGUGACUGUCAGCUUGUUACCAUGUUUCUGAAUUUUCUUGUGUACUUCGAAACCUCGAAAAACUUCGAGGGCAAUCUAACCUUCCAGCUAAUUACAAAAAAAUCCUGAAUUGAUCCCGAAUUGCUCUUGGUUGAGGCGUUCUGAUAUUUCUGCGUCGUAUUCAAUUUUGACAAUUUCUUUUUAUUCUUGCCGCAAAGAAAUCUAGUUUUACAGGACUUAUUUCCAGAAAUUUUUUCAAUCGUUCACUUGUUUGUCAUCAAACCCUAAAUGUGAAAUAGCUAGUCCAUUUACAUGCACGCUUCAUGCUUUUCAAGAGUUCGUCCCGUGUGUAGGCUGAGAAGGACGAUCGAUUGGUGAAAUUGCGCUCAGUUGUGUGCAAAAUGUAUUUGAUGCGAAACUACCUUUGAGUAGUGCAGUUGCAAUCUCAAGCUGAAAUCUUACUUCAAAAUUGAAUCAAUCUUGUGGCGUGGAAUGAGUAUACAAUACUGUACUGCCGAAAGAGUUAGUUUUUUCCACGACCAAGGCCUCAAUGAGCAUCAUCCAUUUGAGAUGUCAUUUCCCCGUGAGCCAGUCGAGAUGAAGAUUCGUCGGUGUCGCCUAGUUAAGAUGGUUUUUUUUCGUUAUUGUAGUUGGGGAGGAAACGAUUACUCACGUUGAGAUGAGACCUGAUGUAAAUCACGCGCAGUUUGUCAAUAUUUUGCGGUUGGUUGAUGGAGGGAGAAUGGGUCAGGUGCUGGAGUUCGGAGUGUGACCCUACCAUGUGUUGCUUCGGAACAUGCAGUGAGAUCUUUGUGACGGUUGGAGAGGAAACUCUUCUGAUAG